UCAAAAAUCGACCGCUCCACUUGUUCGUCGAAGUUGGAGGUUGAGGCUGCCGUCUCCCCAUCCACGCCGAGAGUCCAAAGUCCAAACCAAUCCGGAACCCCGAGAUCCAUCAGCAGCAGCGGCCGCCGGCGAUGGAGAAGGGCAAGGGCCUCGCCCGCCGUUGGGCAGUGGAGCUCCACGACGCAUCCUCCUCCUCGUCCUCCUUCCCGGACCCCCCCGGCUUCACCAGAUCUGCUCCCGAAGCGGAUGACGCCGCCACUGCGCGGCAGCGGAAAGAUUCCGAGGUCGCCUGGAAGGGGCAGAAAGCGUGGGAGGUGGCGCAGGCGCCCUUCAAGAACCUGAUGAUGAUGGGUUUCAUGAUGUGGAUGGCUGGCAGCACUGUCCACCUGUUCAGCAUCGGCAUCGUCUUCUCUGCUCUGUUUCAGCCCUUCAACGCACUCCGAUCCGUCGGGAAAGUUUUUGAACCAUUCAAGGACCCCAGGGUGGAUACACUUGCACCUAAGUUGCUCUUCAUUGCUCUCAACUUGGCUGCUAUGGGUUUGGGUGUAUGGAAGCUUAACACAUUGGGUCUUCUUCCAACAAAUGCAUCUGAUUGGGUAUCUUCGCUGUCUCCUGCUCGGGAGGUUGAAUAUUCUGGUGGAGGGAUCCCCUUGAUCUAAUGCCCUUUAUGAUCUUCUGUUCGUUAACUUCUUGGAAGUUUGACUAAGAAGUUGGUGUCUGUACUAAGUGAAAUUUUACCCUGCAGAUGGGAGAAAAAAAAGGUUUUAUGUGGAUUAUUUGUAUUAAUUUUGGCUUCACGUGUACCACAUUCGCAUGGUAUCUAUAGACAAAUCACAGGCCUAGCUAAAGAUAGCUUGUUCAAUUUUCUUGAUCCCUUCUGCUUACCAUGUCUGUUUCAAUAGACUUGCUAAUUCACCCAUCAAAUGUAGCAGAUGAAUUAGUUUGUCAAGAUGCUUGAGAUUUUGGGCUUUA